AUGGUACAACUGCCGGUGGGCGACCAGGACCAGGAAAAGCAGCUGCCAAAUGUAACGCACGACGAAGACAGGUGUGCCGCGGUCAACCCGCAAACGUCGUCAGCGGUCGUGGUUGGCAAAACGCAGCUUUCGCCAUCCAAGCGAGCCAUGAUUGCGGGUCGUCAGCAGCAAUCGCUUAGUGGCAACCGGCGCACCUCAUCCCGUCGGUUAAUCCCUGCGGAAGCUGUAUCCUCCUCGUCCUCUUCAUUGUCAUCAGCGUCUCCUUCACCUUGCCCGGUCGGUGAUUUCAGCCACAACGCUUCCGAAUCCUGUCCAAGUGGGGCGCCCAGUGACAGUGAUGUAUUCAAGGUGCCAUCCGCCGCAGAUAAAACAAAACCGAGCAUUGUGUGCAGCUUACCCUUAGAUCGGUUGCAGUCGAUAUUGGCCGUGUUAAAGACCAACAAGCAAUACCUGGCCGGCACUGCAGGAGGCUCGGGCGACGCUCGAGAAGAUUCCAGCUCCACGUACAAGUUGUUGUGUCUUUACUGCGAUCGUACGUUCAGCAACCAGCUGCUAAUGGUCAAGCACACCGAUCGAGUGCACCGGAUAGCGAAGGAACGUCGUAGCAGCGCUCGGGUCAUUUCUGCAGCCAAUGGCACCGACGUAUCCUCGUGCUGCAUGCUCUGCCAUAAGGGAAAGGUCUUGAAUCCCGCAUCGGAAGACUUAUCGCAGUUGUUUAAACAUUUGAUAAAGGCUCACUCGGAUCGGUAUCAUGCAUGCGAACAGUGUGUUUUACGCUUCCCCAGCGAAGAUGCCCGUGAAGCGCACGUGGAAGCCAUCCAUCCGGUUGUUAGUGGAACACGGCCCAAAUCGAAAGCUGCCCUCAAAGCUUUCAGCCCGGGGCAUAGCAUAUACAACUGUACUAGCAGCAGUAGUAGCAAGCAGUGUAAAACCAACAAAAAAACUCCUUCAUCCACAAACGUCGAAGCUGGGGCGCAUCAGGAAGUAGCUUCGCAAGGGCCAGUAACUGAUGCAGAGGGUGGGUAUGGUUCAAACAUACGCCUUCGCUCUGCUCAUCGUAACGCCAGCACACCGGAAUCGCUGGACGCUGGUGCCUGUCAAUCCAAGUCCAAACUAUUCAAAAAGUCCGAACGGCUAAUAAUGCGCAACGCUGAACCGAUGCUACUCUCCCGAUUGGGAAUUGCACAGCAUCGGUUACCCAGGCAAAGCCGGCGGCUGCUGGCGGCAGCCUCGACGACAUCUUCGGAUUCAUUGUCCGCAUCUGCUACGGUCACCACCUCCAAUGGUGGUCGUGGAGGAAGAAAGAAAGCCUCGGUUGUCAGUGCCACGGAUGAGCACUUGCCAGAAAACUGCUACAACAAAGUAACCAAGCUGAAAACCAUACGAUCCACGCUGAACGUCCCCUCACCGACUUCAACUGCUACGUCGAGUGAAACAGCAGAUGUAGUUGGUUCUCGAAGUAAAAAUCCUAGUGAAAACUUGGCUAACAGUGCUUCAGGAUCUAGUAACUGCAUUGCCACUUUUACCGCAAACCUUAGCAGGUGUUGUGGACCAGGUACGUGCACCGGUAGCAACAGUUCCAGCACCAGCGGUAGUCAUACCUGUGCCACUACUUUGACAGCAAGCACCAGUAGUAGUGGCCUCGCUAGCAGUAGUGGGAUUUUUGAUGAAGAUUUCUACGAGAGUGUCAAUCGCAACGUACACAACAACCUCAGCUGCCAUUUGGACGGAAAGUUAGCCACUUCUACAUCCAGCACGCCGACCCCACUGAGUCUUCUGGUUAGCAUACCAGCAGUGCGUUCGACGGUCGUCAAGAGCCCACUCGCUACGGAGAGCAUGAUACACGAGGCGACGAACCUACCGGCCGUUACCGUGUCCUUCCCAACGCUGCUUACAGUCGAACAGUAUGGUAGCGAUUCGAUUUCAACUUCGGUAGCGGUGGCAAAGACGAAGAAACCGAUCACUAAGCACUCGUGGAAGUGGAAAUGGCACUGUGUGAAAAAAUACAAAUAUGUGAACGAGAACGGACGGAUUGUCAAGAAGAUCAAACAACCAAUGCAAGGAUUGCGGGAUCUUACCAAGCUAGACAUGUGGACGCAGCUGACGAUGAGAACGAAACACGAACGCAUGCGCAACCACGCGAGCACCGUAGAGGAGGCACUGGACGAACAACGGAUUGCAGAGGUUGGAGCGGUCUUACGUCAGGAGAAACGGAUCAUGGUGCAGCAGUUGAACAAGAUCCUCGACUCUCGGUUACUGCCACAAAUCGAUCUGGAGCAACAUGACCAGCGAACUAUUAAGGUGGAACCAUCACCAGAGAAUGAUAUCGAUAAUCAUAAUUAUGAUGGCAAUGAACCGCAUGUUCGGGCGGCGCUAGCACAGUGCACUAGUGCCAGUGUGCCUUCACUAGAACAAGACUUUUUACAAAGCUUACAGCUUCUGCAAAUGGCACAACCUGGAAACCAUAAGUCGGUCGUUCUGAGUGGCGAGUGGGCCCGGCCUCGAUGCUACAUAUGCUAUGAAUGCGGAUCAAAAUUUGCUACGCUUAAGCAAAUAGAGGAACAUCGAAUUUUCCGCCAUCCACACGUACACUCGACAUUCUACGAAAUUGUCGGCCGAGAGCUGAUCGAGAAUCAGCUUUAUAAACACUUCUUCAUACCACUCAUAGCACUGUCAGCACAUCAGCUCCAUUACGCUCGCUUCAUCGUCGAUGGUAUGACCGGUAGCACUGCCGGCAUGAAUUGGUUCACCCACCGGGAGGCUGGAAGUAUUAGCUGUACCGAGAUUAAGAACGAAGACUCAUCCUCCAACGAAGCUACCUCGUUUUCUACGGCAACCAGUGCCUCCUCGUCUGCAUCGUCAUCCUUUUCCAGUAUAACCAGCAGCACCACAACGGCCACGCUCGCGUCUCUGAUGCUGAACGAUAGCACUAAUUCCAUUACCUCCAUCGCACAGUAUCCGAGUGUCGACGUUGCCGCCAAGAGAACGAGCGCAAACGAGAGCAGUACAACGAUCGUGUGCAGCAAAUGUCGCAAGGAAUGUCCAAAUCUGUUGGUGCUGUAUGCGCACAUUCUGCACUGCUCGAACGAUUACGUUUGGCUGCAGGCGAAGAAGCGCAUGAAGUAUCGCCGGGCAAAGCGGCGACGGGCCGGAGGAAGUCGAAGCGGUAUCAGUAGCUGUGCAGCAUCUUUGAUUGCUGCGGCCCGCAAGGUGCAGCAGCAGCAGCACCAGCAUCAGAGUGCCAUCGAGAAAGCUGAAACGGCGUCGAACGUAUCUUCGUCGAUGUCGUCAUCAUCGUCGUCGUCGAGCGUGGAUUGUAACAGUUGCAAGAGCAGUAGCAGCGACAACCAAUCAGGUGUAAACGGGAAUCACAAAAAGUCAAAAUCACCGAAGCCAAAGGAAAACGACAGUGACAUUGUGAAGCGGUUACUGGCUAAUCUUCCUGAGAAACGCAACUCUCGUCAAAUACUGCAGACAUCCAAACAAAUCCGUAAACAGUCCGGUGCAAUGAACAAGAAAUCGUUUGUGAGCAUUCCGAAAGGGACACCAAUGAAAAGUGGUAUGCGUAGACCCAAUGCAGCUACUGGCAGUCAAUGGAAGAAAGGAUCUUCAUCUCCACCACGUAAGCCUUCGGAAGCGACAUCAGCAAUGCAAAGUACGUCGACCAGUGACAAAACCAAACGUUCGUCACCAUCUCCUACACCCGCCACAUCAUGCUCAUCCUCAAUCGCAUCUUCUGCCUCGUUAACGACAUCUGAAAACGUGCACGAUGUCAUUGUAGAAAAACCAGCACCAUUAUCUUCCCGAUCGCCGGAUGAAAAACGAUUCAAAGCUAGCAGUAACAAAGUAAAAGAAUCUAAGCCCGCAGCUUUUCGGCGUACUCGUGGCAUCGUUGGAAAGAAGAAAGCCUUCAGAAAAACCAAACUAAUUUCGAAAGGUGUCGUUGUCGGUAAAGCGAUGGACAAAAUGACAUGGAAAAAAGCCAAUCAUCAGUUACGGAAUGCUGCUACCAGCACACUCCGAACGCUACGUAGUGGUAGACACCGUGAAUCCAAUGUGUCUCGAGGUAAUACCAAACGUCCUAAAAAGAUCAGGAAAGCUAUGAGGAAAAAACGCACCGUUAGGGCAGAGUUGCCAAAAAAUCCUACGGACCAAGAGCUUGCUGCAAGUGAGACGCGAACGGACAGUGAAGAAUUUUCUCAUAAAUCAGAUGAAGAGCUGCAGAUACAGACGACAAAGAAAACCAGUGAUGGUCGUAAUGAGGACACUGCCGAACCCUGCAAAACAGAAUCAGUUCUACAACAGCUUGAAGCUAAUGAGCAAGUAGAAACGAUGCUAAAAGGAAUAAAGGAAACAGAAGAUACCCCCACAAUAGGCAAAGCAUUCAAGUCGAAGUCUGUGGCUGAGGAAAAUGAGCUCACAAUCAAUAACGGUAACGACGAUUCGAUUGAGCCGAAACAAGCCACAACACUACCCAACCAAACGGAACAACUGCCCUGUCCCUCAGCACCUUCCGCACAAGUUACCCCAAAUCAGCCGAUCAAACAACAGUCGAACACAGUGUAUCCAUCUGCUCCCAUCAAACGCAAGUCUGUGGAUAGCGCGCAGGGGAUAGAGUCGUUGCGUGAAGGUGUUACAGUUGAAUCUCCACUGACCGGUACAUCAACGUCUUUGGCAAGCAACAUUAUUCCCAAAUGUAACCUAUCGUCAGCACAAAAACGAAGACCCAAAAAACUAAACGACUGCAUCGCUAUGUUGACGGGAAUGCUCUCAGAGCGCAUAGGAGUGGAUUUUUUCAAUCAAAGCAAAUCCAGUUCACUAUUACCAGCAAAGCCAGUGAAUCCGAUUCCGCUACCAGCUAGCCGACGACCAUCAGUGCAUAUUUCAGAACCGAUCGCAAGCACCCAUCAAACCGCCGCAAUUGCGUUGGUUGUAAAUCAAAGUGUAGCAUCGAAACCGCCGGAAGCCACGCCAUCAAUUGCUGCCCGUUGUUCGCUCCAAUCGGUCCAGCAUCAAGAAGCGAUGAGAGCGAUGGUUGCUGAGUUUUCCGACGAACCUUUGAAUCUGUCAAAAACCAGCACAAUCGGAGUUUCGAUGCAAAGCGAGAUGCGCAAUAAUACCCACAAAUUUAAAUACGCUCAUGAGGGUGUAUCUGUGCCGCAGCAGCAACACCCACAGCGAACUGGUACAUUUGCACCCAGAUCAUUGGCUCAUUAUCACCAUCCACAACCGCUACAACAGCAGCAGCAGCAGCAGCAGCAGAAACUAGUUCAUCCUAUUUACCAUCAUCAAAAGCAAAACGUGAACAAUGUCGCCGCCAACCCAUUUAAAAUUGAGGGAUCGCAAGCUGCUAACAGUUCGUUUACCAUUACACCGAAGGCUGGAAGUGGAAAUUUAUCAUCAAUAAAACUACCGCCGGGUUUGAUCAUCGAAAGAGUGGAAUACAAACAAUCAAGACCGGUCAUUUCCAAGGAAGCACCAUCGGUAACAAUCGUCGCACGGCAUCGACAGCCGCCACAAUCGAUGGAUAAUCCAACGGCGCUUCAAUCGGCCGGUGAACAUCAUACACUUUUAGUCAGGCCACAAGAGCAUUCGCAACAAUUGUCUAAUGCACACAGCACAGCUCCAUUCGUAAACAAUGCAACGUCCAGUAGGAGCAGUUCUUUGGAGACAAAUCGUAAGAACUUACCUCCUCAUCAGUUCGAUGUUUCAAAAGAACUACCGCACCAUAAUAUGCACCUAAAGCCAAACAACAACGAAAUCGAGAUGCUAGCCAAUCGUGAAACCGUCGUUGAAAGACCGAUAGGUACUUUGAUUGAAAACAAAAUUUCAGUGACAAUCACGGAGGCCAAGCGCGAACGGUUACCGGACAUAACAUUCUUACCGAGAAAAAGUUCUUCAAUGAUGUGUUCACGAAACGAUCCGUCAGAAAUAUUAUCAUUCCACAGUCACCCGAAACCACUGCCGACUUCGACAUCGGCGUCUAUUUGCUCGAAACUUUCACCAGCAAUCCUGUCACAGUCGCAGCUGCCGAAGAAUUCGACCGUUGUCGAUAAACCUGCUUUAACUACGCUAAUCAUUCCACAAGUACCGAUGCCCCAAAUCCCUACCGGCCAGGCGCAAACAUCAAAACCAAGGAAACCACGAAGGAAAAGUGUAUUCGUACCACUGCCUACUGCAGCACCAUCGUCCAUGGUUGCCAGUAGCGCUCGAGUGGACGAAAGAGGAGCAUGCGGAAACGCUAGUAACGAGAGCAAUUCGUUAACACCAAUAACGACGCCAACUAUGUUGCCCCCCUUUACUGGUGCCAAUCUGCUGGCAUCUAUGUCGUUAUCGUUUUUGCCUCCUGGUCUAUUAGCUGGACCACCUUUAGGCCUAGACUUUCACCGGCUGGCUUCGGUCGUACUUCCGGCUCAUCUGAAACCUCCGGAAAUACCUCCACUGACGAUACCAUCCACGCCACCGGCAAACGUGGUAAAAAAUAGACGACAAUCGACACACGCACGCAGCGAAACGAUGAAGCAGGCAAUUGAGCAAACGCUGAAGGUGCCUUGUGAUUUGACUCCGAAGCUUUCUGCAACGGUUUCUGCCAUAACUGUAGAUCCCGCUGCUACAUCGCUGUGUUCGGACCCUAAUCCACCAUCUGUGGUAACUCCAGAACUUCGGCCCUCAGCGUUGGUGGAAAGUGAAGUGACCAUGACGUUCAAUACAACUAGAGAUACGGGUUUAGAAGCCACUGAGAAAAGCUAUAGUAAGGGAACAGAAAUCGUCCAAAACCCGGCGAAGGACCCGCAACCCACAAGUUUUCGAGCGCAAAGCCAGGAUCAGUUGACAACAGAUGAGCGACACAAUCGAGAACAUUUAGAACUUGAUCUACAGGCGAUCCCUUUGACUGUGAAAAAGAAUGAUCUAAUGGAGCAACAACAGUGCCCUGAAGCUGCAACGCACAGUGCGCACCAGAAAAGUGAGGACGAUCGACAAAAUGAAAAUCAAGACGAUCGGCAUCUAGAAACAAAAUCAAUAGAACACUCCAAAAUAGCUGAAACCCCUACGCAAAUUAAUAGCAUCGACGAGACGAACGGAAUACAACCGGUAGUAGUCUCUCGCCAUAAAGACCAUCUGCUGCUGUCCGACACCGGCACUUUUGGCCACGGUAAGCCGAGUGACAUUGGAGAUGCAAAACCGCAGCCAAAUACCAAUGCCUUACGAAAAGAAAGCCAAGAGCAGGAAGUCCACGAUGAAUCCGCCGCAUCGGAUAGCCACUUACCAUCAGAUUCCGCAGCCGAGCGAAUCGUGUCGUGUCCGUCGGUGCAGAAGAUAACACGUAAGCGACGAAAAAACGAACUGGCCUCGAUACUCUCCGAUCAGCUGUUGGAAAGCUUCAAAGAGGUGGACAAAUCAAGACUAAACGACCUGAAACUACUCCACGACAUAACCUGCGAGAAGCCCGACGUCAAGUUUACCCUCGAGCAGAUACCACAGUUGGCGAAACGUAAAUCAAAUCCACGAAUACCCGAACUGCUGGAAUCGUCCAAGGGUGGAGGAACGUCGGUGGACAACAACGUUACUGUAAAGAAAACCAACGCGUCUGCCAAGAGAAUCCAAUCGAGAACGCCGUUGCCCAUGGAAAAAACAGACAGCAAAUCGGAGGAAAAAUCGACGGAAAUAGACUCGCCUGACUUCGAGUCGGAUUUUCGGCGAGCAUCAAAGAAAAAACAGCACAGUACACCAACACUUGAUAUUCAAGAAGCUGUCGAGGAUAACGCCACGAUGAAGAAUGUACCUAAACAGAAUCCAACGGCGGAAGAAGUGAAAGAUGCGCACAUAAAACAACCAGUUCUGGGACGGCGUACACGAAAGCUUUCGAUCGACAUCGAGCGCGUGGCUCCGGUCGUACAGAGAAGGGAACGAGCGACGGCCGCUGUACAGAAACUGACCGCGGUGGACGUAGUGAAAAAGCGAGACCUUGCAAACACACCAGCUAGUGGACCAACACGAAAAGGAAAAACCAAGAAAAUUGAGAUGGACACUGUGGAAGGACCGAUACGUAAAAUCGUUAAGCCAAAUGAACAACAGUCUGCAAAUGUGAUAAGUCCAAACCCGGAAGCUUCUUAUACUACCACGGAGGGUAGUACGAAGGUGGCGAAAGACACAACAACACGACAAAAUGAAGAAAAUUUAAAAUCAUGUCAGAAAAACACGAAGAAAACGUUCCAGGAGCCGACCAACACAUCAGAGGAUGAUGAACAUUGUUCUACCGUCAAAACGAAAGAAUUACCCUUGACAGAUGGCAAUAAAGUGCUACGAGAAAUAACUCCUGUAACUACUCUUGAAAAGACAACUCCACCAAAACGAAUAAUGACUCGUCGAAAAUCCGUGUUUGUCGACCGGGAUCUGGCGCAGUACGUCAAUCGAGACGAGGAGCAAACUCUGCGAUCCGUCAACUCGUUCCAGGACGAUCUCAUAUUAACAUCCCGACGCGGUACGCGUAGCCAGGGGAAUAAAAAUCUGAGCCUGGUUGAGAGCUUCGUCGAGGCCACGAUGAAGCCCCGCGAUCCUAGAAGAAAAAUCGUGCAGAAACGUUUAGAGGAAGAACAGCAACAACGGGUCGCAGAGGAAAGCCGCGAAGCAGCGUCUACCAAAAUGCGUGACGAAGCAAGGAAUGUUGAGAAAGUUGCCAAAGUGUGUCUCAAAACGGACAAGAAAGUGGACAACCAGGAGGAACUUGAAAAGUCUCCACCCCGUCGGAUCAGCACUCGCCGAGCAUCGGUUCUCGUAAGGUCGCCAUCGGCGCUAUUGCAGUCACCAUCGACCCAAGACACUCCACGCAAAGCGGAAGAGCCACUUUCUUCGUCUCAGGAUGAUGACAAUUUGCGAACGAUUAGCAACGAAACGAAGCGGAUCUAUCGGCGGCGUGCCUCUAUCUACCAGCUACCAGCGGAACUGCUAGAGCAUCCACAGGACACCCCAAAACCCGAUCUCGCGGUGGAGCCCUUGGAUCAGAAAAAGCGCACCGGUUUCCAAAAUCGUCGUUCCAAAACACCUGGUCCAGGUGUACGCGGCAAUCCACUUCCGUUGAACGGCACCCCGGAACCACUGCUGGAAUCAUUGUUACUGCAAACGUCCGCCAACGCUGCGAUGCCGAACGGAUCGAAGAGACGAACCACGAAGAACAGCCAAAUUGCCGAAACAGUGUCCAAGUUGUUCAACAUCCAGGAGGAGAUUAUGCUGAUCGAUAGUACGAGGCGGAAGUUGAAGAAAACUAGCAGCGGCACACCAACCCCGUUAGCGGCAACACCGGCCGUGGAAUUAGAAGCGUUGGUAUCAGCAGAGAGAGACCGGGUGCGUGAUGAAGCGAAACCCGCACCCAUCACGGAAGAGUUUCAAUCUAUGGCGAACGCGUCCACGACGAUGCCGAAACCUCAGAAAUCGAUUUCCUUCUCGAGCGACUCACCAAAACCGACGGAGGAUGCCGUUACUUUGAACUAUGGAACCGACAGUGACUCGAUGGGUGAUUCGGACGAUGAUAAUAUGUCGCUCGCAUGUUACGUGGCGCGCCGGAUGGAGUCCGGAUCGAACCCUCGGCGAGCGUUUGUAAAACCACCGAAAACAGCUAGCGCGUUGGAGGAAGGCCUCGUGUACGUUCCAGAACGUGCCAAGUCAGUGGCCGAUGACGAAAGCGCUACGAACACCGAGGCCAUGGACGAUGAUAUGAGUGUGACGACCGAGUUUCAGCCGAUGAAUGCGACCGGCAUGCGAGGCGGAAGACGCCGCCGAAAGAGGCGUAAAUCGGUGCGUUGCGGUAGCAAGAUCCAGCGCCAAAAAGCAAAGGCUCAAGCCGAGGAAGGCAAGAUGCUAGUGACGUACAACUGUGACCUAUGCAAGAAGGUGUUCAAGAAGCCGGACGCCUACAACAAGCAUCGCAUGACGCUGUCGCACAUUGCCAAGUUGUCCGAGCAGGAGUUUUUGAUGGCCCAGCAAAGGGCGGACCAACCAAUAGCCGAGGAACAACCCCUGCCAGAUGGUGCAGUUUCUGCAACUGAAUCGCGACACGAUCAAGAAACCAAGCUAAAUCAGGAAACCCACUGUUUUGCUGUGGAAACGUAUCCGGUUCCGAAUGGGCAGGGAGCACCAGCAGCGUCACCUUCCCAAGCCUUGGACGGAGCUCUCGCACCGAUGGAUGAAACAGAUAAUCAACUGGUUCCGUUGAAGGAACCAGUUAAAAUACUGAGCCAAGAGGAGAAACUGUUCUACGAGUGUUGUUCGAUGCUUAAAGAGUCCAGUGCCGGAGAUGCUGCCGGAGAAUGCGGUGGCAAUCUCAAUCUGACCGUAUCGCUCAAAUCAAACGAAGCGAUAUCCGGUACCGGCGUGCCACCGGAGAUCGUACUCGACUCAACGUUGGGGUCAUCAUUUCUGGGACCAGCCACAGCGAUCAAGAACACAGUUGCAGGCUUCACGGAAGUUACCCCAAGGGAGUUACCAUCAAAAGAGGACGACAGGACGCAACCAUCCAUCACCUCAUCUAUAGAUGGAACUAGUUUUCCACUGUUUCCGGAGCUGGUACAACAACGACCAAGAACCACCAUGAGCGAUGACAACUACGGUAGCGUUUCGCCACAGCACUCACUCAAAUCGUCCUCGGCCAGCAACUGUUCACUGUCAUUUGCGCAAAACAAUGCGAAAAUCAAAACGAAGGGUGCCCUGAAAGGGUUUGAUAACUUCAAGGUUUCCAUACCCAUGUCCGGGCUGAUAGUGUCGGCCAGUGGUGGUGGCGGCGUCAGCGGUGGUGCGUUCUCUCCACUCGGUGUGGGUGCCGAUCCGCCCAUAGAGUCGCGGCUGGACACACUGGCCGAUAUCGCACUGUGCGGAGACAUUCCGAAGGAGUUCGGUGUGAUAAAGCCGUUGUUAGACGUUGCCACAGUCAUUGAAACCAAGGUUGAUGAUAGCAUCCCACCGGCUCAGGUUGAGAUGGACUUUGCGUUGCAAUUGCGAAAGUCUGACAACAGUGGCGAAGGAGGUGGGCUCGUUACUGUAGCUAAAGCUUCAAAACCUCAAUCAUUGACGAGUUCCCGAGCAAACCGGACCAGGCGGGGAGGUUCGGACUUCGGUAACAAACAGCGAAGGAAUGCAUCUUCGAUCGGAAGUAGAAACGACGGUCGGUCGAAAACUGAAAAUCAUGGACCAAUGAUGGCGAAGAAAGUUGGCGCUGCCAUGUCAUUACCGUUGAUCCAGGUGGACCGUACACCAGCGGACGAGGAUGUAUACGCAUUUCAGGACUCACCGACCGACGUGUUCUUCCCUCCAACAUACGCAUCGAAGAAGCAUCUCUCUGAGACACUGCCGGUAUCAGCGGACACUGGUAAUGAGGCCGUUCAACCAAAAGGGCUUAACUUUGCAAAGCACCGGUCGGCGAACGAACUGUGUACGGAGGAUCAGGAUCAGGACAGCCAGAUGUCCAGCUUGAGUUUCUCCGAUCGGGACGAUUUCGUGUACGGUACCAACACGCUCUCGGAGGAAGAGGAAGCGGACGAAGACGAAGAAGACCUAAGCAGCAGCUACAGCAGCGGUGGUGGUGGCAUUGGUGGUGGCGGCGUUACCGCAGGCGGAAGUUGCGGAAGCCAGACGAUCCCCAAAAAGCCAGUUAAGGCGGACGUAAAAAAAAAGAGUCUCAUAAUGGGGCGCAUCUUUAAGAAGGGCAGCGCUAAGGAAAAGCUAAAAGAGGAGACUAUUAAGAAGGUACCGGUUCCAGAGACAACAUUCGAUGCGAUGACCACCGCCACCAGCGCGGUGGUUAAGGAAGACUUUGACAAGCUAUUCGAUACGUUGAAGAACGCGGCCGAAAUCGACAAGGUGGCGCCGGUUACUUUCUCCUCUGAGAAACUGUUGUGCGGCGAUACAUCGGUUGAAACGGUGACUACCUUCGACAGUGGUAUCGAUAGUAAGCUGCCACCUGUAGCGUUCGGGGAACGUCCCGAUUCCGAUGGGCGCUUGCGUCGUAGAGCUGUGCAACAGAAAAAGUUAACCGAAACGUGGGACUCGGAUGAGUACGAGGAGUUCCACGCCGAUGACGUGAUGAGAUUGAUAGACGAAGUCGACGAAGAUGACGAACCGCAGCUGAACACGGAACACGGUGAGGAAAUAAAAGUUCUUGCCGAUGUCGCACCAAGGACCUUGUCGCUCCUUGUCGGAAGUACGGACGAGACUAAGGAAAAGCUGUUCGAACCGGCCAGCAGUGGCGUGGACACAUCUAUGGCGGUCGACACCCCAGACAUCGAUAGAACUUCCAGCAAUUUGGGAAGCGUUGUGACGGACUACACUAUCCGUAAGGUGAUGGAAAGUGUUAUUCUGGAGACGAUGGGCAAAACCACUCACAAGCAAGCGACAAAAGCGAAGUCAUCGAAAGCGCAAAGCAGUGGCGGCGGCACCGCCACAAGUAGCAGAAGUACGGGGAAGAAAACUACUACGAAUGAUCUCAAACCGGAACUGCGGCAGACGUCGCUCGAGGAACACGUGCUAGAAUCAAGCGUAGUAAUAUCGUCGCGUACGAUCACUACCAAGUUCAAGCAAAAGAUCAACUCGUCGAUGCAGCAGCAGCGCACUGCCAUCAGUGGUAAGCAUGAACCCAUUAGACAAGUAAGUGAGCAGGCCGGCCAAGCAGGAGAUCCAAUUGUAGGUAGCGCUGCAAUAACGAACCACUCAACGACGACAGACGGUGGUCGAGUUACACCAUCACUGGGGAACAACAACAACAAUAGCUGCAACAAAAAUAACAAUAACAACAAUGAUGGCAAGGUAAGGCAAUCUACUUCGUGCACGGUCGGUUUCGGAGCGGGCCAGAGCAACACGAUGGUAGGCGCAUUGAGUGAAGUCGUCAGCAAACCCAAAACCGCCUCAGCGGAACCUCCUGCAGGAGCAGAAACAUCAGUCAUUGUGGACAGUGCAAGCGCAGGUACGACGACUGCCGGCACAAAAGAUCGCAGAACUUCGCAGACAACCACCAAACAGCGCAAGCAGCCGCAGAAGAAAAUGAAAAACGUCGCAUAUGACCCGGAUAGCGACUUCGAGGACAACAUCAAGUGCAAGAAGGUUAAACGCAAGCUGCUAGAAAGCGACAUCGAGGGAAACCUGAAGAUCGAACAUCUACAGUCGACGCUGAUCGAUAGCAGCAUUCUGAUGGCGGUACCGCGCCGGAAGCGUAACGCCGUCGAUAUGCUGUACUACUGGUCGUCAACAAGCGACGAGGACGAGGAUCAUCACGACAGUGAUUUCGUGGAGAAGAAAAGUGGCAAAAAUAAACCGAUAAAGUCCCCCGCCACAAAUGUUAAGAGAAAAGGCUCGACUGCAACUGCGUCGUUGACAAAGGAGUCGACUCGUGGCGGAAAGUUCGGAGAAAGUAACGCGGACCGCUCGUUUGACUCGGGAGACGGUGGAAAAAAGGCGCCAAAAGAAUCGAAAACGAAAAAAACCACCAAGACGAAACCGACGCCAGCGAAAACAUCCAAAACAAAGGAAAACUCCGAAGAGCAGAGCGUUAAACAGCGCCAGAGCAGAAAGCAGCAGCCCCCAGCAGAAUACACGACGGAAGAGUUUCGAACCUCCCCCAUCGUACCACCGGAGGAGAACGACUUCAGCGGCGAUACGGGCAACAGUAACGAGCAUCUGCAGCAGCACGGCUGGAUUGUGGGGGACUCGCAUAAGAAACUGGUAACUCUACUGGCGCAUGCCAAAGUCAAGCACGACAGUCGCAAAACGGUAAAUAACCGGCGAAAGUAGGGAAUCAAUGGGAGGUCCAAAACAGUGGAUACUAACCGCACACAUAUUAGUUUUCUUAGUGCAAUAGCGGCUCCUUAGUUCAACCAUAGAAAGACCAUAAAAACCCAGUAUGCAACAGUCUGCAGUGGUCUGCGGCAGAACGCUAGAAGCUUGUGAUGAAUGAGAAGAAAUGCAUUUCUAAUAGACCGAAGAAGAGACAACGGAUGGAACGGAACAUAUUUUAUACUCAAACGAAUAAAUUGAACAAUACAUCAUAAUACACUUCUAAAGGUAAUUCAAACAUAAGAUAAGAAUGUGAUAAAUUUCCACGCUACUGAGCGUGUAAAAAAGCGCAACGGUGGGUGUUAUGAUGGUGACGGUUGGCGCAACAGUAGUAUCAGUACCAAUUUUUGGAAAUAGUGAUUGUAAACAACAUAAGUACACAGCACCGUCGUUAGGUGUUUGAUUUAAAGACGGAACAGAGUUUCAUUACAGAGCCAUCAAGCUUCGUUGCAAGCGUUCUCGUCCUUCUUCGUGUCAGGAGAUGGCACCAUCUUCAAUCUUUUAAACUCAAUUCGAAGAUCACCAUCUUCACCGCUAGUUCAUUCGUGUAUAGCGAUUAUUACACACAAUCAAACGACUUUAUAAUUGCUGGAAUAUUACACCCGUAAUCUGACCAUCAAGAGGAUAGAAUUAGCAGUAGAGGGAUGCGCAAUUUGCUGAUGCAUAGUGAACUAGACGAUCCCAAUGAUGGCAGAAACAUAAAUUGCUGCAUGCUACUAGAAUUGUAACCACACCAAUCGACGCUUUAAUGGUGCACAAAUGCGUAGAAUAAUUGCCGGAACCGAGAUCGAAACGAAACAAAUAGGCAAGCCCAGGCAACGCAACUAAACGCAACAUGAUAGAGCUUCCUAUCUGCCCCCUGUUUAGAGAGUGCUAUGGUGUGUAGAUUGGAACAUAUGAGUAUGCGCGCCAAACUCAGAGACCCUCUUAAAUACUGAGUCCGAUGUAAAAUAGAAAGACACUGUGUUUUUUCAUGAACACUAAAAACGCAGCCACUAACCAUAAUCAACAGUGCUUGAUGUGAAAUGCGUACCGAAAUACCUGUCUGUCGGUAUGUUGACUGUAAAAUUAACAGCAUGAAAUGGUUGCUGACCAGGGGGCGAAGUUGAGGAAGAAAACAUCAACCACAUAAAUCGGCAAUGUCCGGGAGCGAUUUACGAGGCAAUGGAAAGGAUUGUAUUCGAUGGUGUCUGUUUCUGUGCGUAUAUAAUGUAACUGUUUAAAUUAGGCGUAAGUUUAGUGUAAAUGUGGCAAGUAACACACACUAUUUUUAGAUAGUGUUAGAAAAUGAAUCUACUGCAGUUUACUAAAAGAAACUAUCGAACGUGCUUUCUUUGUCAAGUGCAAUGGGCUUAUCAUUAUUUGCCGUUUUCCGUCGUCACUUCCUAUCCUCUACUUUUACAUCCUUACAGAGACUUUAGUGAAUGAAUGACUUUAGUUCACGAAUCGCUUCUACUGUCGAACCGUGUUCUAUGGCCAAUUUAUAGUCGUAAUCUCAGUUAGCGAAGUUGUUUUCGAAUGUAAGUUUAUUUUUUAGUAAAAGGCAAACUCAAGAGAAAAAUUGUAUUUUUUUUAUUGUAUAUCGAACCUGGUC